AUGACAAUUGAAGAAGUUAGGCAAGUGUUGCAAAAGGUAGAUAAGAAGCUGAACGAGGUGAAGGUUGCAUUAAAGGUGUUUAAUAAAGGUAAAAGCAAAGGAAAGCUACUGACAGAGUUGAGGAAAAGGCCAUUGAAUAAGAA